AUGGGUUCAAUGGCGCCAGCCACACCAGAAGUGAAACUACUGAUCAACGGCAAGUUCGUCGACGCAUCAGACGGCGGCAUAUUCGACCUCCACUCCCCCUACUCAGGCAAACUCGUAGGCAGAAUCGCAGAAGCCACAGCCGCCGAUGUCGACAGCGCUGUCAAUGCAGCCAGCAAAGCCUUCCCUGCCUGGUCAGCCCUCUCCCCAGCAGCACGAGGAGCACCACUUGCCAAACUCGCCUCUCUGAUCAGCGACAGCAAAGACACCUUCGCCAAGCUCGAGGCCCAGUCCAUCGGUCGCGCGACUGCCGACUUCUUCGACGCGCACUAUGCGUCAAUGCAAUUCGGCUACUUUGCGCAGGCGGCCUAUGCGACGGGUCACUCUUCGCUCAACACGCCUGGGUUCCUGAAUUUCUCGCUUCGGCAGCCGUUUGGGGUAGUUGCUGCUAUUAUCCCCUGGAAUGCGCCUCUGGUAUUCCUGUCAAAGAAGCUCGGACCUGCCCUUGCUGCGGGCAACACGGUCAUUCUCAAGACCAGUGAGAAGGCGCCGCUGUCUUCUGAUUAUGUUGCGAAAAUGCUGGACCAGGCUGGCUUUCCACCUGGUGUGGUGAAUGUUCUGCAUGGCCACGGUCAAGUCUCGGGCGAGGCGAUCUGCCGUCAUAUGCGCAUUCGGGCGGUGAGCUUCACGGGAUCAGUCAUGACUGGGCGGAGGAUCAUGAGGGCUGCUGCGGAUACUAACUUCAAGCGGGUCAUUCUCGAGCUUGGUGGGAAGUCUCCGGUGGUUGUGUUUGAAGAUGCAGAUUUGGCAGCGGCGGCGAAGGAGACCGCAUUUAGCAUCCUCCUGAACAGCGGACAGACUUGCAUGGCCAAUUCAAGAGUGUACGUUCAUGACGCGGUGGCUGCCGAAUUCGUGAAGCUCUUCGAGGAGCAAAUCAGGAGUCGGAAGGUCGGCGACCCUGAACUUAGCUCCACAUCGUUUGGCACUCUGGCCGACAAGGGUCAGUGGGAGCGGGUAACUUCUUUCGUUGAGAAGGGCAGAAAGGAGCUGCAACAAGAAGGUGCCGUGUUCCUGGCAGCAAUCCCAGAUGUGCCGGAGGACUCGCAACUGAUGAAGGACGAGAUCUUCGGACCAGUUGUAUGCAUAAACUCAUUUUCCGAUGAGGCCAAGGUUCUUGCCCAAUGUAACGACACAGAAUAUGGUCUGUACGCUGCGGUGUAUACCAAAGACCUGGACAGAGGCAUGCGAGUCGCAAAGGCUCUGGAGAGUGGCAUGGUCGGUGUCAAUUGCACAAGCCCGACUGGCGCGUGGGAUCUUCCGUUCGGCGGCUAUAAACAGAGCGGCGUAGGUCGAGAGGGCUUUCUGGACAGCUUAAACGACUGGUUGGAGAACAAAAGUGUCUUCAUGAGGGUGAAGGGCCUUGAGAGUGCGGCUGCUGCGAGUGGCCCUCUCGGCAGAUAG